UUUCCUUUACUUCUUCUGAGUCAUUUAUUACUUGAAAUGUGAUGAACAUGAACUGUUGCUGAAGUAACUUGGAAAUAGUGUUUGAUAAAGAGUUUGAUGAACAUGAGCAUGUUCUAGAAACAGUGUUUUGACUGUAAUGAAGUUCUUUUAAAUUUUUACUUAGAUUGGGAGGAUUUAGUAGAUUUAAAGCAUUAAAUUGGGGAAUAAGCAAGGACAAAAGGGCGGUUGGGAGGUGUUAAAAGAGAGAAAAAAAUAUUAAUAUGUAUGACAUAUAUACAUAUAUGUGGCCUACAUGUCAGAUAAUGAAAACAUAACUGAUAACUCUCCAGAGAAGGAAGGUACAUAAUCGGAUAUAAAGGGGAUACUUAUUUUAUUGCGGGCCAUGGAUUUUUCUGUGUAUAAUGUGCAAGCCAGCUUUCAUGCUGGGGUGGGGGAUUUAAGGGAUAGUUUCCCCUCACUUUGUUCAUAUUUUCCCACUACUAUUGCCUUCUUUUGUUGAAUUUAGAUAAAAAAGGAAAAUGAUAACCCAAAACCCAAGAACCAUAUAUUGGAGUGAAUAUAGGGACAGAUCUAUCAAUCAUGCCCCACCCAACUCAAGUGGUUGCUCUUCUUAAAGCUCAGCAAAUCCGACACAUUAGACUGUACGAUGCAGACCGAGGCAUGCUAGUUGCUCUUGCAAAUUCUGGCAUUCGAGUUAUGGUUUCCAUCCCCAAUGAGCAACUUCUCGGCAUUGGCCAAUCGAAUUCCACUGCAGCUAAUUGGGUCUCUCGGAACAUCGUUGCACAUUAUCCAGCAACCAACAUCACGGCAAUUUGUGUUGGUUCCGAGGUUUUGACUACUCUUCCUAAUGCAGCACGGAUCCUUGUCAAUGCCAUGAAGUUCGUUCACUCGGCCCUUGUGGCAUCGAAUUUAGACAACCAAAUCAAAGUUUCAUCACCUCUUGCUUCGUCCAUAAUCCUUGAUUCUUUCCCACCUUCCCAAGCCUUCUUCAAUCGCUCGUGGAAUCCGGUUUUGGUCCCUAUGCUUAAUUUCUUGCAGUCAACAGGGUCGUAUCUCAUGCUUAACAUAUACCCUUACUAUGACUAUAUGCAAUCAAAUGGUGUGAUUCCACUAGACUAUGCACUUUUCAAGCCUCUCUCUCCGACUAAGGAAGCUGUGGAUGCUAACACACUUGUCCACUACUCCAAUGUCUUCGAUGCAAUGGUUGAUGCUACAUAUUUUGCCAUGGCUUUUCUUAAUUUCACUAACAUUCCUGUUAUAGUGACUGAAACUGGCUGGCCAUCGAAAGGUGAUUCCAACGAACCAGAUGCAACAAUGGAGAACGCCAACACUUAUAACAGCAACUUGAUCCGCCAUGUGAUGAACAAAACAGGAACUCCUAAGCGCCCAGGAAUUGCUGUCAGUACUUACAUCUAUGAGCUCUAUAAUGAGGACUUGAAACCAGGGCCAAUCUCUGAGAAGAAUUGGGGAUUGUUCGAUGCAAAUGGUGACCCUAUUUAUAUACUACGUUUGACUGAUUCUGGGUCAUUGUUAGCAAACGAUACCACAAACCAAACUUAUUGCACUGCAAAGGAAGGGGCUGAUCCGAAGAUGUUGCAGGCUGCUUUAGAUUGGGCGUGUGGACCUGGAAAAGUUGAUUGUUCAUCAUUGUUGCAAGGAAAACCUUGUUAUGAGCCAGAUAAUGUGAUUGCACAUGCAACUUAUGCAUUCGACACUUACUAUCACAGAAUGGGGAAGACUUCGGACGCAUGUGACUUCAAUGGGGUUGCAGAUAUUACGACAACAGAUCCCAGUCAUGGAUCUUGUAUUUUUCCAGGAAGCCUCGGCAGGAAUGGGACCAUGGUAAAUAUAACAGCACCAUCGAUGAAUUCAACAAGUUCGGAUUCACCGGGUCGGAACAUUUACGGCAGAGGAGGAUUUGGUAGUAUGUUAUUGGUAAUCAAAGUUAUGGUGUGGAGCUUAAUAUUGUUGUAGGGUGGUGGAAUGUUUCAGCAAUUUGAAUUGAGAAAAUUUUGAGAGUAGGGAAGGUGGUGGGGGUGAAUGGAUUUUGGAAAUGGGUGAAAGUGGUCUAUUCGAUUUUGUACAAAAGGUAAGAUGGAGUCAAAGUCUUUGCUAAGAACUUCAUUUAAAAUCCUUAUUCUUUUAAGAUUGAAUUUGCCAUUUGCUGCCAA